ACGCAGAAAAUACAGACUUCUACUUGAACACUUGGACGGAGUUGAACCUUUUAUUUUGUUGAAUUUGUUGAUGGAUGUUGCUUCUACUUGGACUGAGCCUCAAAUCCCCAGACAAACUUAACGAAUAUAAACUUGGUAUAGAAGGACGGUCAGUAUUGGCGCCGGGGUCCCAUUUUGAAAUACACGUAGAGCCAUACUACACUAUAGCUGUCCCCCAAGACUGCAUUGGAAAGACCUAUAACACACUAUACCUGUCCCCCAAAUUUUCGACCCUUCAAUUUAACCAGUGACCGUUCUUCUAUACCAAGUCUAUAUUCGUUGUUUUAAGCUUAUUGUGAUUCAAAAUAAACAAAUGCAAGGGAAAUUUUUUUAAUUUUAAAAAUCAAACAUGGCUUUGGAUUUGGAUAGUUCAAAUCCAUUGCACAAAGCUUUAUUGUUCGAUGACCACAGUUCACUGCAGCGUUUAUUAGAGGGAGUCAAUGUUGUUGAGUAUCGUGAGGAAGAUGAUUCUACGUUGCUCCAUCUGGCAGCAUGUGCUUUCAAUGCAUGUUUCAUGAAAUACUUAAUUGAAGCUGGAUGUGACGUGAAUGCUAGAAAUGAUAAUCAAGAUGUUCCUCUACACGCUAUUAUGAGAUUUGGUAAAGGAUCUAUGGAGACCUGCGCACCAAUUGUUAAGUUACUUACACAAGCUGGUGCUGAGAUGGAUUUGAAAAAUUCAUUAGGCCAAGAUGCACUAAAUCUUUGCAUCGGCGGAAUUGAUGACGGAUGAUUUUUAUGAUGAUCUUGUGACUGCCAAAAUUUUAUUAGAUGCUGGUGCUAAUGUAAACAUUAAGGACAAUUCUAAUUUUAAUGAUACACCUCUACAUAAAGCAGCAUACAGAUUAGAAAGUAAAACUGUGGAUCUGUUACUUAGUUAUGAAGCUGAUGUCAAUUUGCAAAAUUGUUAUGGAGAUACAGCUCUACAUAAAGUUGCACGUACAGGACAAAUGACGUAUGGUGAUGAGGAUGAUAAACAUUCCAAACAACUUUGUAUUUUGCAGUCACUAUUGAAGAAAGGAGCAGAUGUAAAUAUUGAAAACCAAAAAGAACAAACCCCGUUUCAUUAUUUGCUUGAAACAGGAAAUAAAGAAGCCAUCGAGCUUUUGAUUACACACGGAGCUAAUUUGACUAAAGAAGAUUACAAAGACAGAGGACCACUGUUAUUUGCUGCAGUAAAUUCAGAUGCCAGUGUUAUGAAAUUAUUAAUAGACAAAGGUUGUAAUAUAGAAGAACGAGAUAUUUUUGAUCGCACACCUCUGCAUCGCGCUAUCAAAUAGCAAAUUUUGGUGGUCUACGUCUAAUGCAGAGCUUUUAGUUGAUUCAUUAAUAGAUUUAGGGGCCGAUGUUAAUGCUCUUGUUCUUAAUCAUAAAAUGGUACUUGACAUCGUUGAAUAUUCUGCAACAGAUGAAUCAAGAUACUUUGUCAUAAAACUUUUUGCAAAAUUAAAAUUUUUGGGUAUUGAGGUAGAUGAUUCACAAAUAGAAGAUAUUGAAAAUGAUGAAGAUCGUUUUAUAGAAUAUUACGAAAAAUGUUCAAGCGAAUUGUCAACAAUACAGAAUUUCACUUUUUAUGGUACAACUCCGAUUUUGCCUAUUUUUAAAAAUAAUCAAACAAUUUUGAAAAAUUACAUUAAAAAUCCAAACUUAACAUCAGCAUUUAAUUCGAUUAAUUUUUCUGAGCUCUUUCCGAUUUAUGGGAAUCGUAUGAAAAAUAUAUUUGCAAUAGAAGGAAAUAGACAUGAGUUGCGGACAGAUGCAUUCAAUACUCUAAGCAAAAGUUUGCCAAGUAGAAUAAGUACAGUAGUUAUAGUACAAGAAAUCAUGAACUAUCUAGAUGAUAAGGCAUUAGUGGGACUUAUGAAGCCCUUUAAUAAGUACUAUAUUGAUUCACAUACUAAAUACGUAAAUUUAUCUAGUCGUUUUGAAAUUCCUGUAGCAAUGUAACUUCUUACCAUUUUGUCAAACGGACUAGCUUCCGAAUUCAAUUAUUAAGUCGAAUAAUUUGCAUCAGAAACUCCAGAAUGAUUAAGAGCAUGUAUCUUAUACAAGAAAUAAGCAUACAUGUAAACCUUUUGUAAUAGCAUAAUGUACAAUUUUGUAUUUUAUUAUAACAAAUUUUAAAUAUGUAUAAAAUCAAUUACAUAAUGUAUAAUAAAGAUUAAUAAAUAUUUUUAGUAAUAAA